UACGCAAAAAAAUGUUGUUUAUCACUUGGUUUUUCCUAUUAAAGACCAGGAUACCGUCGAAAAAGCUUUUGUUGCAUUUUGUAGCAACAUUUUAUAUCUGGAGACCUAUCAGAAUAAAAAAUCUGCGUUUUCGGAAAUCAAAGCUAUGACUGGAAUUUCUACUCUGCAUUUAGUUUGGUGUGUGAACUUUAGGUCAAUAAAACCAGAUAGAGCAAAAGACAUCAUCAAAAACAUCGUCAAAUCACUCCCUAAUGGAUUAUACGCAAAUAACAUACCUGCCUUCUGUUACAUUUUGUUUAAUAUCAUUGGCGAACAGAGAUAUGUUUGGAGAAAAGUUGAUAUGAUUGACGAAAAAGAAGCACGAAAGUGGAUUAAAGAGUUUCCUUUGUUGAAGAUGGACGAAUGCUACUCAGACCACAAGAAUGACAUCAGUUUUACCCUGGAACAAAUUUACAUCACCGGUUUUGGGAAAAAGGCUUGUGUCAUUGACUUUAUGGAAAAGACGUGGUCAUUUUUGAAUGAAGACUAUUUCAAUGGUCUAGUACAAAAAGCCGUUGGGAAUGCUGCUUUGAGCAUGCCUUUGUUUGUUAAUGCAGAAGAUAUGAAAAUAGAUGCUAUUUUGAUAAAGUUACUCAAAGAAUCAAAAUUUGCUCUGCUUGAAAAAAUAUUGAGACACUUCCCUCAUACUUGUAGUUUUGAAGAAUAUAUAUCGGUAAUGAGGGUUCUGUUACAAAAUGCAGACGAAGUAGGUAUAUCUGAGAAGUUGACCGAUUCCUGUAGACAGAAAUGUUCUCAAUGGGUAGUACAAGAAUCAAGGACUGGGAAUCUGAAAGGCUUGCUAGGAUGCUGGAUUACUAUACAAAACUUACAUCCGGAUACUUAUGGUACUCUUGUAUCUGCAGUGGAAAAGGGAAUACUAGAAUGUAUUGGAAACGAUGCAAAACUUGUUUAUUUCGAUAAAAGAGCUGACUUUAUGCACUCUGUUGUAGAAGGGCCAAUAUUUUGUUCGUUUGAAGAAAAAUACGAACUGUUGAAACGUCUGGCUGAUACAAAAAAGAAUUUGAGGUCAUGUGUGCUUGACCUGUUGGCUGAAGAAAAAUUCCAAUCAUUGCCGGAUGAUUACUAUUCAAAAAUUGUUAUUCUGUGGUUACAGAAUUCAAUGCAGCUCGACAGAAGAAAAGGUAAUCCGGAAGAAAGAAUUGUAAAGGCUUACGAGUAUUUGUCUCUACUCGGAAGACUGCCACCGGUCAAACGGAUAAAAGACCUGCAUUAUCAGAUUGACAACAUGGUCUUUAAAACAAUCGAACAGUACAACACAAGAGAACUUAUGAGAGCAGUAACAGAUAUAGAAGAUAAUAUUGAACAACAGAACCUCUUCCAGAAUCACAUGAGAAAACUAUUGCAUGGAAAGCAUUCCAAAAAGUCACCAAGAGACAUCAUUCAAGACAUUUGUGGAACAGACCAUUUGAGAAUCCGGUCGAGUUUAACAGCGAACAUCUUAAAAGACAUAGUUGAUCUUUUGGGCAUACUCGAAGAUGAAGAACCAGACGAAAUCUUUAGAAAAGCAAUGGAGCAUUCUUCUUUUUGGACAGAAAUAUUCAAUGCUGAAGGGAAUGAGAAACAGCUGCGUGAGGUUCAGAAAUACAAACCGUGUUUGACAGUUAGCAAUGCUAUAGCAAAAUUCAGAAAACAAGUUCAAAACAAACAACUAAGUUAUUCCCAAAUACAACACCUUAAAAACAAAGAGACUGAUAUGAUACAGCUGUUGUCCUGUACAACAGAGCACAAUAGAUGGGAAACAAAGCAGAAAAUACAAAAUGUAUGGAUGAAUUGUUAUACAGCCUUCAACAAAUAUUUAGAUGACAUAAAUCUGAUCCGCGAAAUAUUCCAAACUUUAAAAGUAAGGGUAAUGGUCGAUAAUUUGCCUCCGGUUAUUGGAGAAACACUGAACUUCCUUGGAGAAAUUCAAUCGAAGAUACAUGAGGAUCAAGUUACAGUUGCUGAAAUUUUAGAUGAUGACACACUAGGAAUAAGUAUUAAAGAAAUAGCAGAAUACUGUAGACUACUUAUUAAACCAGUUAAGUCCCAGGUUUUCUGGAAUAUCAUCCAGAACGAGUUCAAACAGAAGGAGAUGGGCGAUGUUAAAAAGAUUGGUGUAAAUGAAGAUGAUGAUCCCUUAGAUGGAUGGUCUUUACCCGAAAUAUUUGGAGAGGAAUAUGAACAGGAGAAUAUUAGUUUUUUUAAAACAUCAACAACCUUUGCAUUUAUUUGUGAUCUCAGCAGUAACUGUUUAGAGAAAUAUAAGCAAGUAUGGUCCCCCUACUUCAAGCGAGAAAACAGACCAUUGGAAGAAUUUAAAAAAACUUUUGCCAGAAUAAAAACAAAAGAUGACAUGGAGAAUGAAAUUUGGAUAGCUGAGGAAUUCUGUAAUGUGAAAAGUCCCAUUAAAUUAAAACAAACACUGAUGAAAUUUGCAGAUUUGAUGAGCUAUGGAAAAACGGUCGAGGCUGUUCAAAUUUCUCUUAAAAUAUUCAAAUUCAAAACAAAUUUGGAAACAUAUACAGAUGUUGUAAAUUCGUUUCACAAGUUAUUCCGUGUGAAAAAGGGGAAAGAGGGAGACUUGCAAGACAUGUUUAUGGAAGAUAUGGAAGAGGUUUUAGAGCGAGUAGAAAGAAUUCGACACUUCAUAAGCAUUGAAGUCACAGAGAUUUUAGAAGUUCUAAAACAGGCAACCUCUCUUUUACAAUUUUUAGAGGAGGUUAUUGAUGAAGAUAUUCGUAAUUUGAUUGAUGCUGUCGAAGAGCACUCUGAACAACUGGUCAGGGAGUCUACUGUAUCAGAUUUAAUAGAAGUUAAACGAUUCUUUUAUCCAAUUCUGAAGAGAACAUAUGGAGAUGAAUUCACUGACUUCUUCGCUCUUCUUCAAAAACAAUUAAAAUCGGGAUUUAACAACAUUCCGGCAAAAAUCAAUGACUGUAUGGAAAAUCUACAUACCCUUAGAGCAUUAUACAAAAAUGUUGCAAACCGAGGAGAACGUACUAAAGAAAUCAUUGACAGCAUUGUUGACCGUGGAAAAUUCUGCUUUCGUAUGGAAAACAAAACGUGUGAGGUCAUUGUUAAGUACAAACAAGAUAAGAAAAACAUUUCGCACAACAGUGCUGAUCUCAGUGAUCUGCGAAGUCGUGCGCUUCUACUUAUGAAUGCGGAAGAAAAAGAGAAAACAAGACUGAAAACAAGACGACGGAAAGAAGAUUUAGAAAAGUUUUUGGUGUUAGUUGAUACAGCUUUUGAAAUUUCGAACAUGUGUUUAAAGCUGAAAGAAACUGGUAAUUUUGGCUUUUCUAGGUACGAGCAUACAUUUGAUUUGAAAGAACUAACCAGUGCAAGUGAACAACUUAAAGGGGAAUAUGAGGAAUGGAUUGAUAACCUGAGAGUAUGUCGUGGGAAGUACUAUUACAUGAAUUUCAUAUAUCCUGCACAUCUACAACAACUUUUUGAAUAUUUAUGCACAAAUUCUGAUAACGAACGAAACGUUCUGACAUGCCUCCAGUUUAUUGAUGCCUCGUUCAAAGAUGUACAGGCAUUGAAAGAUCGAUUUAAGUCCUUACCAGUAAAAGUAGACAACAGAGAUAUUCUGCAAAACAUUGCAAUCGCUCUCCAAGAUAUUUUCAAAGAAUACUGUCCUCUGAAUAGACCACUUUCUACCAACAAAAAGAAAGCCAAAAUAACUGAUAUUGUCCAACCUGGUGUUCCCUACAUAGCAGCAUUGGAUGAAGAUAGUCCACUUGUAAUUAGGACAAUGUUUGCGUUAUUUUUAAAUACGACUAAUUCAUUGCCGGAUGCUACCCAGAUACUGCUUUGCAGAGAAGAAACAACGGCAGAUGAUAUUGAUCUCUUUCUUGUGCGUUGCACAGAAAGACCCAACAGUGUUCACCAUCGACGUUUGUACUGUAUCACAAAUGUUGAAAUGCUUUCAAAUGAUGUUCAAGCACAGUUUGUUGAGAAAUUGCAUAAGUUAGCGACAGUGGACUUUCUAUUGUCAAUAAUAUGCUGUGGACAAAGUCAUCACCCAUUCUUGGACCAGUUUUCUAAUCGUAUAAGCCAUCCAACGCCUAUGACAGAAACGUUUUUGAAGGACUGUCUUCGUAGUCACUGGCCAGACAUUUUAGUUGUAUCUUCUGAUGUUCCGGGCUUAGGCAAAACUGAAAUGAUACAUAGAAAAGCUAAGGAAAAUGGUAUAUCUGUAGCCACCAUGCACGUUAGUGGAAAAAUCGACUUAGAAUCAAUCAUACGAAAUCUCCAUUCCUUAAACUUGAAGAAGUAUCAUUUACUACACAUAGAUGUUGGUGUCACUAGUACACCAUCUGAACUAGAUGCUGCGUUAUUUCAGCUUAUUGUACUUGGAUAUUUGUCAACUGGGUCAAUGGCAUACACUCUUUCUACGAAACAAAUCUGCAUUGAAAUAUCUAAUACCGUAGGCCAAACAUUGUGCAAUUCUUUACCAACAACAACUUGUUUUCAUAGAUUGAACAUUGAUUGGAACAAUUACUAUGACAUGAAAGUCAGUAUGGAACGGAGCAGUCCCGUUCAGGUUGUGUGUCAUUAUUUAAAGGCUUUGGAAAAGGGAACACUUGAUAGAAAUGAUAUGUAUUUUACUGGCAGUAAUGCUGAGAAGCCACUUAAAGCUAAUGAAUGCAUAUCCUUGCUAGAGAAAUGGUUUUCUUCUUCAGGAGAUAUGUCAUACACGUUACUUCAAACAUUCGUAAAUGUACUAUCAGACCAGUUGAAAAAGCUAUCUGCAAGUGUUUUCUUCAGAACUUCAAGCAUUUCAGCAAUGCUCGGUGAGCAAACUGUACCAACUGUAAAAUCAAACCUAGUAAAGGCACUUGUGCACGCCAGUCAAGAAUUCGCCUGCCGAUCAGUACGUUCAUGUAGAUCUCUGCAAGAGUCUAGUAUAGUAAAAUCCUCCAUGCAAGAGUCGUUCAGAGAAGGAAAUUCAGCUGAGGAACUUGCUCAACGUGUAUCGGGGAUGAUACGAUGGGAAGAUAGCAACCAUUUAAUGAUACUUUUCCACCAAAAUGUCCAAACUGUGUCCGCUUUAUAUCGCGAGAAAGCGAAGAUUCCACAUGCAAUUCGAACUUUGUUUGAAAGCCAAAUGAAAAAGAAUCUGGAUGAUUUUACAGGCAAAUCUCAGCGGGAGUUACAGGAAAUCUUACAGAUGAUAACUCGAAGUAAGCGAAGUCAACUUCCCGACAAAGUCCUAGAGGAGCUAACAGUAGAUUAUGCCCUGACACCAGAUAACCUGUUAAAAAUGAUUCUCAUAUCAUUAAGAAUCAACUCGUAUAUUCCUGUUGUAAUUAUGGGAGAAACCGGAUGCGGGAAAACUUCCCUUGUUCGAUAUCUGGCAGCUAUAUGCGAGGUAAACUUUGUUCUGAUGAGCAUUCACGCAGGAAUAAAUGAAGAACAUAUUAUUCGAAAGGUGCUUGAGGUAAAUGAAAAAGCUAAAUCUACAUUGAAUGAGAGUUAUUGGCUGUUUCUUGAUGAAAUCAAUACUUGCGACCACCUUGGUAUUAUUAACAGCAUUAUAUCUCAUCGUUUUCUCAAGGGAUAUAUACUUUCUCCAAAUGUCACUGUUUUGGCAGCAUGCAAUCCGUACAGACUUCGAACACAAUCGACAAUUCUGACAGCUGGUCUCCAAGGUAAAGUUAAAACAGAUGAACUUUCAAGACUUGUGUAUCGCGUACAUCCAUUACCAGAGGCUCUUAUUGAUUUUGUGUGGGACUAUGGGAGUCUGAAUGAGAAGGACGAAAAAUUAUACAUAUCAAAAAUGGUUGCAACCGUCUUUAGUGGCUACUACGAAUCUUUCGUAUAUCAGACAAUACUAACUGAACUUCUAGCAAUGUCACAAAGACUUGUACGUGUAAUGGAGGCAACGAACAGCUGUGUUAGUCUUCGAGAUGUUGAUAGGUGUAGGAAACUUGUUGUAUGGUUUUUACAGUUCCUUCGCCGAAAGAAAACAAAGACUUCUUAUGCGUAUGGCAUUGAAUUGAAAUCAAUUGUUUUAGCCCUUGCUGUAAGUUACCAUAGCCGUUUUGCCGAUGUCGAAACUAGAACAACAUAUAGGGAACAAGUUGCCCAAAUUAUUUCAAAACACAAAAGCCCCAUUACUGCAGACUCAAUUCUGGAAAUAAUCAGAGAUGAACAAAAUGACAUCUUAAAUCGAAUGGUUCUUCCAAGUGGUAUUGCAAAAAACACUGCUUUACAAGAAAAUGUGUUUGUCGUUUUGGUAUGCAUUCUGAACAAAAUUCCAAUAUUCCUUGUUGGAAAACCUGGUUGCAGUAAAUCUCUGUCGAUUCAGCUUAUCAGAAGCAACUUGCGAGGGAGAGAUUCAAAAGACGAACUUUUCCAAAGUAUGCCACAGCUGUUUUGCGUGUCGUUUCAGGGAUCAGAGUCCAGUACAUCUGAUGGUAUAAUAAAAGUAUUUGAAAAGGCAGAGAAUUAUCAAAAGCACAACGAAAAAGAUGUAAUUUCAGUUGUCAUCCUUGAUGAGAUAGGCUUAGCUGAGGUAUCAAGAUUUAAUCCAUUGAAGGUACUACAUGGAUUAUUAGAACCAGGAGGUCAAAAGAACCCAAACGUAGCUGUAGUUGGGAUAUCGAAUUGGGCUCUCGAUGCUGCAAAAAUGAACAGAGCAGUACACCUAUCCAGACCUGAUAUGAAUGUAGAAGAAUUGAAGUAUACUGGCUAUUCGAUCAUAACAGCAAUGAUUGAGGACAAGGAAAAUGACUGGGAUCACUAUGAGACGAACAGACAGUCUUACGUUGUCAAAAACAUGAAGAAUACAUUUGAUGAAAUAGCAGUUGCUUACUUCAAAUACGUAUCAGAUCGUCAGAAGUUUCCAAACUUCCAUGGGCUUCGAGAUUAUUAUUCAUUGGUUAAGUACAUCGGUCGAUGCGUUGAGAAAAUGGCUCAUGGGGAUGAUGGGUCGCAGGCUGACUUCAUACUUAAAGGGAUAGCCAGAAAUUUUGGUGGUUUGCCUUCUGAAAUGAUUGGAAUAAUUGGUGUUUUUCAGGAGUCGUUUCCAGUAUUACAAUACAAGAACAUUCCCGUAACUCAUCUAAUUAAGGACAAUCUAAAUGAUGGUUUGUGUCGUCAUCUCAUGCUGAUCACAAAUGGUGAUGCUGUCAUUAGUGUAUUGGAAUCCCAUUUAAACGAAACGCAGAGGCCAUUCGAAAUCAUCUUUGGAAGCCAUUUUGACGAUGAUCUCAGCGAUGACUACAACUACCGCAUCUUAAGUCGUAUUAUUCUGUGUAUGGAACAAGGUCUUGUUCUUAUCUUAAAAGGUCUUGAGUCAAUUUAUGGCAGUUUGUAUGACAUGCUAAAUCAGAAUUAUACAGUUGUUGGCAACAAGAAGAAUUGUCGCAUUGCGUUAGGACAUUACAGCAACCCAAUGUGUCAUGUAAAUGAUUUAUUUAAGUGCAUCGUGCUUGUUGAAGAAACAAAAUUGGAUUAUUCAGAUCCACCGUUUCUUAAUAGGUUUGAAAAGCAGCAGUUCAAAUUUUCAGACAUGGUUGAAAACGAACAAGAUAAACAAGUAAUAGAUGAAAUAGCAGAAAUAUGUGAAGCGCUUUGUCGAAUCGAUGGUUGUAUGUUCUGUCCAGAAAAUGAGAUUCCCUCUUACAGUCGAGACUUGCUUGUCUCGUUGAUUUUAUACUUGCAGAAAAAUGAUCUGUCAGCACACACAAACAAGAAUCAAUACUUGGAAAAUGCUAUAAACACUCUACUUUGGGUAAUUCCUCCAGAAGUUAUUGUGCGGGCUAGAGAAAGUAGGUUACAUGAUAAUGAUGCUCAUCAAGUGGAGAAGAUGUUGGAAUAUUAUAUGAAGUUACCUCUUCAUGAAGGUCUUGCCCAUUGUCUUGAUAAACUGCUCUUGCACAGUUAUUCAUCCAGUGACCAGGAAACUUCAAAUGUAGUAAAUGGCGAAUUACUGUUAUGUUAUACUUACUCAAACAUCCAUUGUAACAUAAGAACACUUGUUGAUGUCAAAACGCAUCAGAUUGAUAGGCUUGCGUCAUUUAAAUCCGAAAAACAGCUUACAACUAGAAUGGAAGAUUUCUUCAAUUCAGACAGGAAUGUUCUAUUAUUGCAAUGUAGUUCGACCCAUGACAGUCAACAUUUGCUGCUUUCAAAAGUCAUAAUUGAAAAUAUCCGCAGGAAAACGAAGUUAAGUGAGAAACAUGUUUGCAUAAUCAUCCAUCUAGAUAGAAAUGUUGCACCUGAUCAACAGUACGUUCCAAUUAACUAUUUAUCAGGUUGGAGGAUCAUUUUUCUGGACAAUUUGACAAAGCCAACAACAGACGUCUCUCAUUUUCUAAAACUAAGUAAAUAUGAAAUUGUACAAGAAAGAAGACCACUGAAAGACUAUAUUGUUGAAAAUAUAUUUUGGGCAUUAACAAGAAUCAAAUUUACAACACAGAAUAAUUCUAUCAAGAAUCAGCAACGCCUUAUCGAACAGCUGCGAAACAAUGAUGUAGCAGUUUCUGUCAUAGAAGAGUUGAUUAUGAAAUGGAUAGAGAACCAGACUGCUGAAAACCCUGGUCAGUGGUGUAUUGAUGUAGCAAAGAAUACUCAUGAACUAUAUCGUUCUGGAUCACUAGUCAGUGCAUUUGAGAGUAGUAUCCACGAGGUUAUAAAAACACCACUUGCAAUGUACUUGUACAGAAUGAUUGAUUUACAGAUCCUUAGUCCUGUCUUUGUAAGAGACGAUUCACUAGACAGAAUUAAAGUGUGGAAAGAAAUAGUUUUGUCAGAAACAUACACAAACAUUAGUGACAUGCCUCCAGUAACGGGACCAGAAUGUUAUUCAUGCAGUACCCCCUUCCUGGUACUUAUAAUGCCACUAAGCAAAAUGUUUAUUGAUAAAAUAAAUGAACAGAAAGAUGAAUUCCUCGAAAUAAUACGUAAAUUACGAAUUCAAAAUGACAUAGAAUCCGAUGAAGAUAUUCCAAUGGAAUUAUUUGAGAAGACAGUGGCAGAGUGCACAGACAUUGUUUGCCAUGAUGUUGAGGACGUUUACAAUGUACAGUAUGAGGGAAUAGUAAAUGACUAUAUACAUGAUUUCUGCAGCGUAAGUUCCCUUGGCUUAAUGCAAAUACAUGAUGAAAUAAAGAAAAGAAAUGUAUUUCAGUGGGCCCUUCAACAUUUCAUGCCAAAUAGAGAUAUGGAUCAUCAAGAUAUACUUGAAAUUAUGGCAAUGAUACAUGCAGCUUGGUGGUUGAAUGAUCGUGUUAUUUCUUCUGUUUGCCAUUUAAUUGAACUUUCCGAAGACUUUGUAAACAUUUCAUGGAAUAAAUCAGAUGAAGACUCAGUAACAAAAGAGAACACGUGCACGGAUGAUACCUUGUACAUCAGUGAUUUAAGCAGAACAGAACUUGUAGACAGCAUAUGUAGAAAGCUUCUUCCGUAUGAAGGAUCAUCUGGCUUUGAUGAAUGGAUUCGUUUAAUCGAAAUAAUUAUACCUAUUGCAAAAGAGGUGUCGUAUGAAUCUACCCUAAUGCCAUGUCUUCAGCUUAGUCUGGAAGUUGUCACUUUGUUAAUGUCAUUGAAACAAUCCGAUUUUGAACCUUUGUGCAAGUUAGGAGAAUUAUUCAGAGAGAAUAAUGGACAAAUUAAUUCUCCGGAUGUGUUUAGCCUGAUCAUCAGUCUUCUAAAGAACAUACAAGCAGAGAAUGAGAAAGAUGUUUCAACUCUUCAAAGAUUUUAUUGUUCGUACAUAAUGAGAUGUCUUCAUACGUACCCAGAUGAUAAUGAAAUCUUGAUUGCAGCUUUAGACAUUAUAGCUGCAAGUGAAAGUAUUGACGUCAAUUUGUCCUUUUUUGGGAAAUGUAUAAACUUUGCUGUAAUGCUUGACAAUAUGGAAAAUGAAAACUUGAUCAGGGAUAUCUUACUUGCUGAGAUUGAAGAAUUUCCUCCAUUUGUGGAAUGUAUUGACAACUUCCUGUUGAAAUUGGAUGUAUCGAGUACAAACUCAUCGGUAUUACCAUGUUUACUAACAGAUGUUAUUCAAAAAUCUUGUUUAGACUUGCUUUUACAAUCCGACAGCCUUAUUCAGAUUGAAUCGGUUUCUGACGAUAUAAUAAGAUGUUUGCUCGAGUCCUACAAUAUUGUUGAAACCGAAUCUAUAUCAUUUAGAUACAUUGCAGCUAUAGCUUUCUUGCGACAAUUUUUGCAGAUAUUCGGUGACUGUUUACAAGAACCUGACUUUGAUCCCUCAGAAGUACCAAUAGUUUGCCAGCAUGUCAACAUACUUCUCUCAAACAAAUGGAAAGGCGGAAGCGAUAAACUGAACCCACUUCUUGUAUAUUUGCUGAAGGUGUUUUCUAAACAUAAGGGAGUUGAAAGCAUAGUCAAGUAUUGUAAGCGCAUUCAAAACACAGUUACAGUUUUAGAAAAUGUCAGCUGGAACUUGCAUUAUUUGGAGUCAACAUUGGUCCUCAAUCCACUGUCAUUGCAUAUUAAGGCUGAAAAGAAAACACACCUGAUACAGCAAAUCAAUUCAGUAUUUGAGAAAGAAAAUGUCUUAGAAAAUAUCUUAAAUGGUGAAGAUAUUGACAACAUCACAUUACUUGGAGUCAUAACUCAACGAUUUUACAUGCGUCGAAGUAUGAAAGAGCUAAAUGACAUUGAGACUAGAAUGGGAAUAGAAAUAAAAAAGAUGAUUACAAAGUCAAAACGUCCAGAUGCAGUUAAGCAUAUAUGUAGAUACUUGUUAGGUGAAGAAUUUGGACAUGAAUUAUGUGCACUUUCUGAGGCAUCGGAGAGUCCUUGUGUUCAAGCGGUUUCUAUAAUUUUACAUCUGUGCUGCUUAGUAGCUACAAAAGCUGAUGAAAAAACCAUUUGGUUUUCCUGUUUAUUUAACCCAAGUGUUUCUUCAAUAGAGCUUCUACCUUGUACAACACUACCAAUUGUAACAACAGCCGAACACAUGAUAAUCCGUAUUCUUACAGACACUGUAGUCAUUGGCUCAAUGGGAUUCAACUUCACAACAAGCAAUGAUUUACUAAAUGAAGACAAAUUCACCGCUGAUCCAAGCAGAUUUUUUGUAAAUGAUUUGCUUAAUAAUUUGGGUGGUCUUGAACGUCUGCUUCAAAUGAAUUCAAGUGAUGUAUGUCUUCUGAUUCACAUGGUGAUUUUCAAAUGUCAAGAUUUGUUAACACAAAAAAUGGCAGUGUCCUCGAAAGCAGUGCAAAGCAACAAUUCUGAAAGUGGAUAUGUAAAAACAAUUGAGACCAUUUUAAGGAACAGAUUUCAAGUUAUUCGUGAUGCAGUGGAGAGUACAUGCAUGGUAGAAAUGGGUGCAUCUUGUAUAGAGGCAUACGUGGAUGAGAUAGCAGAAAUUACUACUGAAAAUUGUAUGGACGGACUUUUGAUGAGUCUUUUCAGAAAAUCGCAGAUAUCGUCCAAAGAUACAUUUGUCAACCAACUGCUUAUCGAAAGUGGAGAGCAUUUGUUCUUAAACUCAGUCUUCAAUAAUAGAAAACAACUCACUGCGCCGAAAUUCAUCACUUCGUUACUACGUUGGCAUAUGUCUGUGAUUACAUAUGCUAGCUAUAAAUUCAGAAAAGUAGAUUUCAAGGAUUUAACUGUGCAAAAGUUCUUUAGUCUGGAGCUGGACGAUAUCCGACGUAACAUCCUAAAGAAACAUUUUGAUCAAUUCAAGAGGUCCUGGAACGAAAUCAGAGAGAAGUUUUUAGAUGCUUUGAAUAGUGAUGUGACUAAAGACAUGGAACCUAUGACUCAUUUGGUAAAAAUGGAAGCUUGUAUCGUAUUAAAUGAUGAUUCACAUGUGCUAUUAUUGCUAAAAGAGCUUGUAAACAUUCACAAUUCUUUUCUGAACCAGUCUGCAGAUGUUAAAGAGAAAGGAAGGAAACAGAUAACAACUGAGAUGCGCAAAUUACCACUUCUGGAUGUGAAACCAAAUGAUGUUAUUGCAUUUGAAUGGAAUGAGGACUGGUUGAGAUUUUCUCAAUGUGAAACCGAAUAUGGAUUUGGUCGAAAAAUCAAUUUUGACUUUGAAAAGAUUGAGGAUGAGGUGAAAAAAGACAUAUUACAUGGAAAAAUUGAAAUUCAGUUUCCAGCAAGCUUUCCAAAACCAAUAUUUACUGAUGAUUUAUUUCAGAAUAGUGUAGAACUAUUGUCUGAAAUAGAAGCCUGUAUACCGCAACAAUAUUUAACAACUGAAAUUCGAAAGUCGGUUGAAUUGAAAGUAGAUCGUGAUGGGUCUUUUGUGACUGAUUUGCUUUCUCAUCUUGGGAUGGUGCUUUCUUUGCUGAAAAAAACAGGAGGUGACAACAGUCAGCCAUUAAUUGAAUACCUGGAGAAGUGGCAGACCGUUACCGGAAUGAAUUCAAAUAUUUUUAAAAGAAUACUACCGGAACCUAUCGAUUCCGUCAAACUUGGACAUGUAGUGACUUUGUAUAAAUGGUUGGAAGAACUAAACGGUGAAAGUUUAGUUGAAACCCUCGAUGAAGCAUACCAUAAAAUGUUACCGACGGAAGCAAAAGAUGUUCUACAGAAGAUAAAGAAGUCUCAUAUCAUUCAUUUAGAGAAAUUACAACAUCCAUUACUGGUAUUUGUCCAUAGAUGUCUGGCAUUGAAGUCGAUUAAUAUUAGCAAGGAUCAUGCUUUGUCUGAUUACAUCAGCUCUUCUGAUCUUUGGUGGAAAGAAGACUAUUACAAAAAAAGUAUUGUAGCAGGGCCAGAUAAAAAAGUCAUUCUUUUGACUGAUAUACUUUCACCACUCAUCUUGAUAGAACAUGUUUGUGAGACAGUUCAGUUUGUUCAUGAUGCAGUCAGGGAAGCCAAAGAGGUUGAUGUACGGAUUUCUACAAUAACGACCGAUUUUCAAAAGAUGAAAAAAACUCAACCAAAGACAAGUACCAGGAAAAAUACAGCAAGAAGGUUAAUGAAGAUGUGAAAAA